UGUUCCGUUACUCACAAUGAUCAAGCAAAUUCCAAAAUAUGCAAAAUUUUUGAAGGAUCUUUGUGUGCACAAGAAGAAAUUGAAGGGGAAUGAGUUAAUUAGCAUGGGAAAGAAUGUGUCUGCACUUCUUCAAACAGUUCCUCAGAAAUGCGAAGAUCCUGGAGUUUUUACGGUUCCUUGUGAGAUUGGGAGUAAUCUAUUUAAAGAUGCCAUGCUGGAUUUGGGAGCUUCAAUUAAUGUGAUGCCAAAAUCAGUUUUUCAAACUUUAGGCAUUGGACCAUUACAACCUACAGGAGUAGUCAUUCAGUUAGCUGACCGCAGUCAGACUCACCCAGCUGGAGUUAUUGAAGAUGUAUUGGUGAAAGUGAGAGAACUUAUCUUUCCUGCAGACUUUUAUAUCCUUGACAUGGAGGGAGACUAUCUGGCCAGUAGAUCUCCACUCAUUCUAGGACGACCAUUUUUGAAGACUGCAAGGACCAAGAUUGAUGUUCAUGCGGGCACACUUUCUAUGGAGAUAGGAGACACAGUGGUCCAAUUCAGUAUUUUUGACGCUAUGAAACAUCCUAGAGAGGAUCAUUCAAUUCUUAGUUUGGAUAUUUCAGAGGAGCUAGAUAUUGGAGAUUUCUUUUCAGUGAUUGAUUCAGAUUCAGAAGUUGCAGAGGGUGGUAUAGGUGAUUUUUUGUUUUCAGAAGAGGAGGAUAUUUCAGCCUUGGGUGUGGAUGAUGAGUCUUGUGGAGUAUAUCCGAGUGAGAGAAAUAAUUUAUGCGCAGGGGAUUGCUUAGGAGAAGCUCUAUCCCUAGGAUCGCCCAGAGAAGAGAAAUUAUGCGUAGGGGAUUGCUUAGGAGAAGCAUUACCCCUAGGAUCGCUUUCAGUUGACCAGACACAAGAUGAGUUGAAGCCAUUGCCGCCACACUUGAAGUAUGCUUAUUUAGGAGAGAACCAGCAGCUACCUGUCAUCAUUGCUCAGAAUCUAGAACCAGAACAAGAAAGCAGAUUAUUAGAGAUUUUGAGGCAGCACAAGAAGGCCAUUGGAUGGACUUUAGCAGAUAUUCCUGGUAUCAGUCCUUCUAUUUGCAUGCACAGGAUUUAUUUGGAGGAGGAUGUGAAACCAGUGAGACAGCCCCAGAGGAGACUUAACCCACUGAUCCUUGAUGUAGUAAAGAAAGAGGUGACUAGACUUCUACAGGCAGGUAUCAUUUACCCUAUUUCUGACAGUAAGUGGGUAAGUCCCAUCCAUGUGGUUCCAAAGAAAUCAGGGGUGACAGUUGUGACUAAUGAAGAGAAUGAGUUAGUGCCCACCAGAGUGAAAAAUUCUUGGAGAGUUUGUGUGGAUUAUAGGAAGUUGAAACAAGCAAGUAGAAAGGACCACUACCCCCUACCUUUUAUUGACCAGAUGUUGGAAAGACUAGCGGGGAAAUCGCAUUAUUGCUUCCUAGAUGGAUACACUGGAUAUUUUCAGAUUUGCAUCAACCCAGAGGAUCAGGAGAAGACCACCUUCACUUGCCCUUUCGGUACAUUUGCCUACAGACGGAUGCCAUUUGGAUUAUGCAACGCUCCAGGAACUUUUCAGCGAUGCAUGGAAUAGGCUCAUUGGACUACAAGAAUUUGGAUUGGGCCCGAUCCAUUAAAUGGAGCUUUCCUCUUGAGCUAACCCAUGUCAAACCUUAUCAUCAAAUCCCUAAUUUUCCUCCUAAACUAAGCCCUAAACCAAAUGCAAAUCCCGGUUCAAACCUUGGUAUAAAACCCAAAAGAAUCGCGGAUGAACAGUGGCUGCGUCUACUGUUCAUCAUGCCAACGGCGAUUUCCUCUCCGUGAGCGCGCGCGCAAGCCCCCGAUUCCAGUGAUAAUCUCAUCUUGAGUUCCAGAUCCAUAGAGGAAGAUGCAAGGAAGCUGCUGAUCUAUUUCCUGAAGCUGGAGGCUUGCCAAAGAGGUCUCGACGGCAAGCUUUGCUGCGAUUCAAAUCUUCAUUUCCGCCCCUGUUCGAACGGUGUUGACAGCAGGAGAUCAUCAGCCAUCAUCGGGAAGAGUUAGAGAGGUCUCUCUAGUGUUUACCGACUUGAUUCCAGCCGCAAUCAUCGAUCCAUCAGCAAGCAACAGCUGCUCACAGAUUUGAAUCACAGAUCCAGAUUUCAACAAUUUCGCACAGAUCUGAACUUGUGUUCUUCCAGAGAGGUUUCUUUGGCUAGGAUCACCGGGUUUUGGAUCUGAACUCGGAUCAGCUGCGUUCCCUUUUCUGCUUUUCUGGAUUUCGCAUUUGAGGUUUCAAGUGAGGACUCUUGUGUGACGACAAGAGUUGUGAUUCAAGAAUUGGUUGUGAUUGGAAUUGGUUUAGUUUUAAUCCUGCAUUUCAUUACUGUUCUUAGCUA